AUGGCUUCGCGAACAUCACCAUUCGACCUGUCGAAAUGUGCGCGACCGAAUAUUCUGCAAUUGCAGCCGUACCGGUGCGCCAGAGAUGACUACAAAGAUGACGGAACAAACGUGCUUCUCGACGCCAAUGAGAAUGCCUACGGUCCAGGACUGGCCCUGAACAGCGAAGGAGCAUUGCAAGCUUCCGAGACGGGCAAUGCGACAGGCGCCUCGAAGCCUGAGAUCGACUUCCUUGGCCUGAACCGAUACCCCGAUCCUCACCAGAUCGAACUUAAGCAGCUGUUCUGCAAUCUCCGCAAUACCCAUCACCACACACCCAAGACCCUCAAGCCCGAGAACCUUUUUGUCGGCGUUGGAUCAGACGAGGCGAUCGACGCGCUGCUUCGAUGCUUCUGCGUGCCCGGCAAGGACAAGAUACUCACCUGCCCGCCUACCUACGGAAUGUACAGCGUGAGCGCACAGGUCAAUGACGUCGCGAUCGUUAAGGUGCCUUUGGACGUUUCCAAUGGCUUCCACCUGCAGCCCGAGAAGGUCAAUGAGGCCCUCUCGGCCGAUCCUUCUAUUAAGCUGGCCUAUAUCUGCUCGCCGGGCAACCCCACCGCCAACCUGAUCCGCAAAGACGACAUCCGCAAGGUGCUGGAACACCCGACCUGGAACGGUGUCGUGGUAGUCGACGAGGCCUAUAUUGAUUUCGCCGAGGAAGGAUCCAGUCUGGCCGAGUGGGUCAACGAGUGGCCCAACUUGGUCGUCAUGCAGACACUGAGCAAGGCUUUCGGCCUGGCGGGUAUUCGCCUCGGUGUCGCAUAUACCAGCUACGAGAUCGCGCGGUUGUUGAAUAGCCUGAAGGCACCCUACAAUAUCUCCAGCCCUACCAGUGCUUUGGCUUCGGCCGCACUCACUGCACCCAAUAUGGCCGUGAUGCGCACUUAUCGCGACCAGAUCAUCGCGCAGCGCAAUCGGCUGCUACGGGAGCUACCACAGAUCCCUGGUGUAGGCCGGUUCCUAGGUGGCUCGGACGCGAACUUCUUACUGGUCGAGAUGCUGGAUGUUGAGGGCCGCCCGAGUAACGUUACCGCACUGGCGACCUAUGAGGCGAUGGCGGAGAAGCGUGGUGUGGUGGUGCGGUUCCGUGGUAAGGAGCACGGCUGUGAAGGCUGUCUCCGUAUCACCGUCGGUACGGAGGCCGAGGUGACCAAGUUCCUGCAAGAGCUGCGUGUAGUCCUGUCCGGACUGCGUGCGGGUUCUGGCAUCCAAUCGCUUCGGGACGAAGACGAGCGGGAGGAGGCGGCGGCGGAGGUGGUGGCAUAG